AUGGCAACGAAAAAGGCGUGCGUGGAUGCGCCCAAGAGGAGCCGGAGUCCGGUCGUGUUGGAGGCGGAGAUGUUCAGUGAAUUUCAGGACUGGUGUCUCCGGACUUAUGGGGACUCCGGUAAAACAAAGACCGUCACCCGGCGAAAAUACAACAAAAUCAUGCAGACACUGUUGCAGAGCGACGAGUCGGACGGCGUGUACGUCGACAACAGCCACAUCAACGCCAAAUUCAAAUUUUGGGUGAAGUCGAAAGGAUUUCAGGUCGGGACCAACGUCCUGGGAGAGCACAACAAGAAAGGGGCUCCAGGGAAACCCGUCCUAUAUGUGCCGGUCAAGUCAACGUGUUCGGACGGUAAUUCAGCCCAAGACAACUCCUCCCUGAAGCGUGUGGCUGUGGUUGAAGACUUCUUUGACAUCAUCUAUGCCAUGCAUGUGGAGAUGGGUGCUGACCCUGGCAGAGCACCCAAACACGCGGGCCAGAAGAAAACCUACAAAGCGAUCGCAGAGACCUACGCCUUCCUGCCCAGAGAGGCGGUGACUCGGUUCCUAAUGAGCUGUGGAGAGUGUCAGAAGAGGAUGCACAUCAACCCCAGCACUGCAGAGUUCAAAGAAAAUGACAGACCAGCCUCACUGGUCCCGGACCUCAUUGAUUACAACAUGCCUCUUACUGCCACCUACCUGAAACAAAUGAAACUGCAGUGCAUGACUGCCACUGAAAGGGAUGACAGUUCGGUGAGCAGCGAGGACAUGAACGGCACUGAGUCUGCAUGGGUCGCAGCGGAGCAGCCCCCAGUGCCUGAGCCCAGUCCCCCCAACGGAGAGCGAGUCAGCAACCCAGCAGCCACCAUUAAAGAGGAGGAUGAUGACGACUCCUCGGAGAGCGGCAGUGCCAACGGGCUGCCGGCCCUGACCUCCCCGGAGGUGCUGGCUGCGGGUGGGAACCCCCCAGAUGGUGGGGCCCCUUAUGGGGAGGUGACGGAGAACGGUCUGAGCGCUCCCCUUGACUUCAGCACCACCUCGUCCUCUUCCUCCUCAGAGGAUCAGCAGCCGGUCAAUCUGAGCGACAGCCUGCUGCCUGUGGGGUGCUCGCCGACAAACCCCUACUCCGCAGACCCCAACAGGAAGUACCCCGUCAAAACAGAGUACACCAACAAGUCUCCUCCGUACAGCUCAGGAAGCUAUGACUCCGUGAAGACUGAACUGAGCAUGAGUGCUGAGGACUUGACCUCUGGCCGGGCACAGAUAAUCGAUGAUGACGACGAUGAUCAUGACGACCACGAUGACAGCGACAAGAUUAAUGAUGCUGAGGGUAUGGACCCUGAGAGACUUAAAGCUUUCAAUAUGUUUGUGCGUCUGUUUGUGGACGAGAACUUGGAUCGGAUGGUUCCCAUCUCCAAACAGCCCAAGGAGAAGAUCCAGGCCAUCAUCGAGUCCUGCAGCCGACAGUUCCCAGAGUUCCAGGAGCGCUCCCGCAAGCGCAUCCGCACCUACCUCAAAUCCUGUCGCCGAAUGAAAAAAGGCGGUUUUGAGAUCCGACCAACACCUCCUCACCUCACCUCUGCCAUGGCUGAGAACAUCCUCGCCGCUGCCUGUGAGAGCGAAACCCGAAAUGCUGCCAAGAGGAUGCGGCUCGAUGUCUACCAGGCGACGGAUGAGCCAGCCUCCGGUGACAAGUCCAACUCGAGGGACUCGGCCCCUGUGGCCCCGACAGCGUUUUCCAUUUCCAGCGCAGCUUUCGCCCAGGACCAGCUCUACACCAACGGAGGCCUCAACUACAACCUGCGAGGAUACGGGACGGUCGGCAGCAACCAGCAGAACUCUGGAGCUGCACAGACCAAUGGUCCCACAGAUCUGAGUAUGAAGUCCGUCGGCCCAAACUCCUCCUCCAGCUCCAACAGUCAUGGUCAGGGUGGUGGCGGAGGCGGAGCUUCGGCCCAGCUCAGCCCUCCGGAGGUCACGGCGGUGAGGCAGCUCAUCGCCGGCUACCGGGAGUCCGCAGCCUUCCUCCUCCGCUCAGCAGACGAGCUGGAAAACCUGAUCCUGCAGCAGAACUGAGUAUGAGCCAAACCGUGCCAAGACCCUCCCCUCGCCUGUCCAUCUCCGCCGCUCUGAGUCUCACAUGUUUGGGCAGACUUUCAUAUACAAAGACACAAAUGUAGACGAGUGAUGCUGCAGCACACGGUGGGUCCUGUAGGUAUGGCACCUUUACUUUUCUCCCACACGUCUCUGUAUUCGGACAGGCCAGAACAUAUCACAGGCUGAAAAAUGUUUAUUUAUGCAUUUGGUUCACUUUGACCUUAGUGCCCUCUUAUCUGUAGCCAUCCAUCCCAUUCAGUUCCUUUUACCACCUCAACCUCCAUUUGUCUCAGGAAGCGAUGAUCUAUGUGAAAAAAUAAAAAAUCUGCAUUGGUACACAGUGAGUACCAGAGGUGUUAAACUAGCUGUGACCAUGACGCCACAUUGGCUCGUUUGUGUAGAUUUUUUUGAAAUGAAUAGUUAAAUAUCAGUGAGUUAGUGUCAGUACUUUGUCUCUAUUUUUACACGGAAGUAACAUAUGCUGUGCAGUGGCAUGAUUUGGUCGGGUCGAGUCUUUUCUUAACGAUAACAACACAAAUUCAUCUUUGUUUCAUGGAAAAAUUUGGAGCAUUGCUUAGUUGAAGUCCGUAGAUUAAUCGCUGCUAAAUCCACUGACCUGUGAACCUCAACAGCUUCUGUAUGACGUGCAAAAAAAAAAAAAACUUUAGAGAAAGGAAAAGAAACAACUGUAAGUUUUGACCGACAAAUCAGUCGAGUGGUUCGGUCAAAUCUUUACCUCGGUCCUGGAGUAGUUUCCAGAUUUUUUAAGCUUGUGGUCACUGAGAGGCAAACACUCAUUACCCGACGUGACUUGAUUUGCAGUGAUUUUAUGAUAAAUAUUUCUAUGGCAGACAAUUUCUCUGAGCUUAAAAGGUAGGAGGCUUUUGAGACGCCUUGGUAUGCAAAUUGAGGUCACAGACACCUGUCAGGGACAAAGAGGAGAAUGAAUAUAUUGUUUAGACUCUUGGUUUAUAACCAGUGCUUCGGGAAAAGUGGAAAAAGGUGCAAUAUUGAUGAUAAUCAGCAAUGGUGAGUUUACUGAAACGCUGAAAUGCUGAGGCGUUGUUAAGAGGGGGAGAACUUAACCACAGCCCCUGCCUGCUGUAACUGUCACGUUGUGGAAAAAAAAAAAGGAGAAAAAAAAAAAGAAGCGGUAUCCCAUGCAGCAUUGUAGCCACUUUCAAUGUUGUCGUUUGUCGUGAAACACCGAUCGUUUAUCGCUGACCUCGUUACUGAGGCACUUUCAUGUGUUGGGAUCAGUCCUCCGUAUAGUGAUGAAAAAGGAAACGGGACCUGGCAGAAAAAUAAGACUUGAUGUUGCACGUCUUUCUUUUUUUUUUUUACUUUCAAGUGAUUCGGGGUCGUUUUUUGUGUGAAGGAAAUCGUUAUGUGGGUGUUCUCAAGUUAAAAGUGCACAUAGAGCUCACACCGUUACUGACAGUCAGAUGAAGGCAGUGGUAAAACCCGCCAUAACGACCAUAUGGCUUUACUGGGUGCAGUGAGAGAGAGUGAGAGAGUGUGUGUGUUUGUGUGUGUGGGGGGGGGGGGGGCUGCUCAGACAAAAGAAACUCCUCUGUCCGUCCGUCUGAAUCAUCCCCUCUGACCUCAGCUGUUUCAAACCCAACUCUUCAGUUCUCAUCGAUACUGAAAACAUACUGUUUCAAAAAAAAGAAAAGAAGCAAGAGACAAUCUUUGAAAAAGAUGUAAUCGCAUCACAGUUUACUCUCCCAGCUUUCUGCUAUAGUGUGUGUAUGUGUGCGUGCGUGCGUGUGUGUGUGUGUGUGUGUGUGUGUGGUCUGAGGGCACACAAAGAGUACUCAGAGCAGAUCUAGAGCACAGUCUCACAACAGACACUUUUAAUGGUGAGUCACUCGGCACAAAAACACUUGUGUAAGUGUGUGUGUGUGUGUGUUGUGUGUGUGUGUGUAUGUGUGUGUGUGUGUUGUGUGUGUGUUUUUCCUCAUUUUCAAUCCUUUCUUUUUGCGUUGAUGUAAGCGUUGUUGUUGUCAGGGUGUCAAUCUUCUGUUUGUGUAUAAGUGGAGUGACACAGUUUGUACAACAUCUAUCUGUGACGAUUUAAUUCAGUCGGCCGAAACAUUCCAUCUCAAAGACAAUGACUCUUCAAGCAGCCACACGUGGCUCACAACUUAUUGAUUUGUCAAAGUUUAGAGAGAUAUUUUUCUGUAUUUAUCACAAAUCUAUCGUAUUUAUCACGAGUCGGUUUAUUUCAGCAUCAUGCAUCAGACUGGUCUUACAUCAGAGCUGGAUUCACACACGUUUUUACUCUCACUUCACGAUUGGGCUACAUCACAUUUACGUUGAAAUUCUAUUAUCUAUUGCAAGUUUGGAAGCACUUUAUAGCUCAGGAUUAAGGAAACAUAACUUAGUGAUGUGAGUGUGUCUUUGCCUCGUUUGGAAAAUCAUCUUCAGAUCAAAGAAGAGGAUUUUACAGAGGCGGUUUUCAUUCCGCUUCGUUGAUGGAUUAAAACAAACUGCUCGGUUUGAAGUCAUCGGUUUGCGUGGUGAGGGAUGUUUCAUAAAGGAGGCUCACCGGAGAAUCAGGGUUCGUCUGGAAUCUGGAACCAGGAUUGAAUCUGUUUCAUGAAGCUGGUUGGAGCAAACGCAAAAGGUCUAAACACAGAUCUUAGCCGUCAAGAAACGAGAAGGUCACUCAGAAGACGGCCGUCACGAAGUCAUGAUUUAAAAUCUAGAUCUGGAUUUAUUUAUUGCAUCUGCACCAAACUAAAAUAAAUAUUAGUCCCUUAAACAAAUUAUUCUCUGACUCAGUGUUAAAGAUCUGGGUUCUUCCCUGAGCCACAUCACGUCCUUGCAAUUAGAGAGUCUGUAUUUCUAAUUGCAGGUUUAAUUUUAUUGAGUAAAAAAAGUUUCUUCCUCUGAGACGAGAGUUAUUCAUCAACUUUACUUUAGUUGCAGGAUGUGAGCUCAGGUUUUAAACUAUGCAUUCAAGUGCAUCCCAUGCUGAAGACUUGAUGUGUCCAGAACAUCAUAGAGAACCCUUGUUUCAGUCCUGUAAACACAGAGAACCUGAAGCUCCUGGUCAGACUGAUUUAAAACCUCCUUUAUGAAGCAGAAUAUCACCGAAUCAGAUUUUUACGAAACACCCCCCCUCCGGACUCAAACGGACGUAAUUAUAGAUGUUCGUGGGACCCGAGUCCUCACACGUCACGUCUUCCUCGUCUCCUCCAACCUGCUCGUUCGUGACCGUAGCCGCCGCAGACCCGCUUCACUUCACUUUUCAGUGAUGCCACUGAAUCUCGUCCCAUUCGUUCACAAACUGAAAUUUGCUUGCAGAUUCGUAUUCCGUCUUAAAAGUCAACGCUGAGCAACAUUUUAGCUGUUUGGUGGAGUUACUGUGAUCAACAACAAACGCUCGUUGUCACGUUGUUGUUGUCGUUGUUUUUUCGUUUCUUCUUCUUCUUCUUCUAAUAAAUGCCCAAUGGAUUUUCUCUUUGUAUUGACUGGACAAUGUAAUCUAUUGGUGUUGAUUAAAAUGCCCUGGUAGCUUGUGGAUUGCUAAAGUGGUCAGAUAAAUGUACUGUAUAGCUGUACAAAGAGUGAUAACAGAUGUUUUAAACCUUUCUUUUCUCUGUGGGUACAGCACUGUUUAAAAAAUAUCAAAGUGGUUUUAGCCCUUGCCUGUUUUAACUUUUAAUUUGGUGGUGGUCUGUAUUUCUUCUAUUGUUAUUUAUAUCAUUUGAAUUGUUGCCCUUCGUGCACUGAUGAGAGACUGUAGCUCUGUGCAGGGGGUCGUACUGUAAACCUGUGUGAAGCUUUGUAUUUUCCCCUCUGGUUUUGGACUCAGUGAAAGUGUGAUGUUUACAUGUACAGUUUUUAAAAAUACUUUUCUUUUUUGCGUCUUAUUCAGGCUGUCUCCCCCUCCCUCCCCCUCCCUCCCUUCACCUAUUCCCCUAAUCUGUGUACAUUUGCCCAGAUAUUUUCCUUUUUUCUGUUGUUUCAUUGCAUCAAGUGCAGACGUGACCUCUUUGAGGACUUGGUCACACGGUCUGUGUGCCGUGACGUGGUCGGCUCGCUGUUGUGGUGGCUUCCAGCAUUUUAAUCUUAAGUAAAGAAAAAAAAACAAAGGGAACGUCACAACUUCUCAAAGUGGACCAGAAAUGAUUUAUUAAGGAUCAAGAGGACUUAAAUCAGCUGUUUUAAAAUACUAUCGUGGCCUAGGCGGAGAGCGGUGGGUGUAGGUUCAUUUAUUAUUCUACAUUAAGUGCUCGUAAUCUUUUAAUAUCCUGGCCGAGUUGUCGGGGAAACUCCUUGUCCUUAACCUGAUACCCUGAUAGGUACACUUUGACCUGUUGUAAGAUCUCCUUGAUAACAUGAAAGCCAUUCCCCUCUUCUGGCCUUUUAAGGGGAACCCAUAAACCUCAGGAAAUACUGAAUCUCCAAGUUUAGUUUUUAUCCUCUGAUUUCUUCUGAAAUGAGAUUUAAGUCUCUCACGAAAACCAUUAACAUUUAUAUGAGAUGUCUAUUGUUUUGUACAUUUAUCAUUGUGAUUUAAAAGUGGAGCUUUUUCCAGUACCUGUGACUUAAUAUUUUGAUUUUUGAUUUUUCUUUUGGAGUGUUUAUAGGUAUGAAUAUUUAUUAUUAUAUGUGAAACUACAAAAAGACAAAAGAAAAGGUUGAACCUGUUUCAUUUGUAUGUUUCAUGCAAACCUGUCGAGGUGAGACUCUCUGCCUCUUACAUAUCACUAAUGAGGGACUCGUGUUUGUUUGGAAAUGACGCUUUUUUCAGUGUUGCAUCGACGCUAUGACAAAAAAAUACACCAGUGGUUUACCAACAGCAGAGUUUCAAGGCUCUCCUCUUCUCCUGAGAUGUCAGUCAAUGAAUAAAAUAGUGCGAUGAGCUA